AUGCCUUGGCGUUCAUUAAUGCGUUAUUUAUCAAAUAAUGAAGAAUUAAUUCGUCGUCUUUCAGAAUCCUAUCCAAUACGUCGUGCAGCACAAUUAACAGCAUAUUUUUUUAGUGUUGGUAAAGAUAAAUUUAUUGAACAUCGAGAUACGUGGGAAAAUUACAAAGAACUUCGUCGACAACAAGAAAAAAGUCGAACAUCAUCAUCAUCGUCAUCGUCAUCAUCUACAACAACAAAAGCAACAACAAAAUCAACAACAAAAAAUAAAAAACCUUUUUCAUAG